AUGCAACGGGAGAAUGAUGAUUUUAUGAUACACACAUUAUGUGGUGCAUCCGACGAUGACGAGGAGCCAGGGAAGAGGUUGGAUGCGAAGAAUAUAGCUAUAUGUCACUUAACACUUAAAGCAUUAUUCUUUAAACAUGGAAUUAAAUUGGGCGCGUCCAGUGAGACCCCAGAGAGUGCGAACACUGGGGCAGAUGGCAUAAUGCCAUAUAUGAAAUGUAUACUGACAAAUAUAUUCAUGAAGAGAAUAAUUGGAAGCACAUGUGUAGAGGGAGCUGGUGGGACACGGGCAUUUGACGCAGCAUCUGGUUUCGUGGGUACGACGGGCACAGCGGAACGUAAUUCUACAUGUGAGAAAGCAGAUAUGGCACCAGGGGGUGACAGGAGCAAGAGGCCGGAAGAUUGGACAUUGCUGGACAUAAUGGGCAGGUGGUUUGAUAGGAAUAGAACAAGAUUGCAUGAUGGGAAGGAGGGAAUAUUAGGGAAAGAUUGUAAUGUACAGUUAAGCCCCACCCGGAACAGCCAGAAGCAGGAAGUGAUGACAGCGUUAAAGGAGAAAGUAAAGAACGAAAUGAAGGUUGUGGCGGAGGAGAUAACGACGGGAAUACAAGAAUUAAAGACAGAAAUGGACAACUCUGCGAUAGGCCAAGGUAUAGGGAAAAUAUUAACACAAAAGGAAAAAGAGGAACACCACAAGGAGACACGUCAAAGGGAGGAACAGUCGAGACCACCUGCAGAACGCCCAGCCAAACCAGCACCAGCCCCACCAGUAGCGGCGACACCGGCAUCACCACCGUCAUCGGGGACGGGGGGGACGACGUCAACGGGGCGGUGGAAGCCGAGGAACACCCAAGAAGACAAUUGUGAAUGGAAGAACGUAAUGGAGAAAGGGCAUCCAGGACUACUGGUUAAAGCUAAUUAUAGUCUAGAAGAACUGCAAAAACUAAACAAAGUGUUAGAUGAAUUUCAGCAACAUAUGGAGACUCAUAGGGACAACAUAGAUAGCAUAGGCGCAAACUGUGAAAAUUAUGGUUGGGAUGAUUUCACAGACGCACAUGGUCACACAAUAGGGCAAAAGGUAGCGGACAUAAUGCGAUGCAGAGGUAUCAGUACUGUAUUGUGGUUUGCGAACAAAGAGGACACGGACAAGCAGGGUCAGGAUGAAAUGGUCAAUAGGUUCCGGUGUGAACUAGCAAAUGUAUUGGGGUACAUGCUGAAGAAUAAGUAUUGUAAAAACGAAGGAAAUUGGAAGAGAGGUGUAGAAUAUGCCUGGCAAACUGUGCAGAAUAUGGGGAAGUCAGAAUUCGGGACAGGGGCACUAACGGGCCCUGUUGUGGACAACAGGUGCACACAAUGUGGCUAUGAAGGUAGUCACACGCAGCUCGGAGUACUAAAUGGACACAUAGUACAAUGGUUAAUGCAGGCAGGACUCAUGGGAGAAAUAGGGAAAAUAGAGGGCGACAUGCCUUGUGAAAAGGACUGGAAGGAGUAUAAAACAGGGAAGGACAGGAAUGAUGGCAGCGGAAAAGUGGACGAAACGAAAAUAACUGAAGUGACGACAAUGGAGAAGACAGUGCUAGAAGACACGGAGAAGGUAAUUCAGGACGUAAAGGGGAAGAUAGAUGAGGAACUUAACAAAACUACAGCUAAGACCAAUGACAAAAAGGCAGAAAGGAAGAGUAACGAGAAGAAAGAUGAGAAGAAAGUAGAGAACACAGGAGAGAAAAAGGCUGACAAGCAGGAUAAGGGAGACAAAUCGCCGCCCGCCGCAGCGCCGGGAGCAGCCGGGGACAGGCACAGAAAACAAGAAAAUUUAAAAAUUGCACAUUUGUAUAAACGUAAAAAAAAAAUAAGCCAGCACCCUGUCCUGGUGUGCCGCGUUCUCAUUCUAUUGGACAAAAUCUUCAUGUUAAAUAAUGCAUAUGUUUUAGGUAAAUUAACAUAUUUUUCUAAUUUUGUAACAUACAGUAAUGUUGAAAGUAUGGAACGAGACAAUAUAAAUGAAUAUUUCCUACAUCCAUAUGAUAUACAUUUUUAUAUUUUCCAUUUCAAUAUUCUGUAUUUUAAUAUUUUUUACGAUAUUACUUUCUAUCAUUCUAAGGGCUCACAGAUUUAUAAAUUUUAUGAUGAACAUUUUACUAAAAUAUUUUAA